AUGUUGGUAUCAAUAGAAAAAACUAUACAAGACUCAACGGUAGGGAUCGUGGUUACUCUAGAAGUAUUCUUCUUGUACUGGCAAAUGCACAUGUCCAGAAGUCUUAUAUGCCAAUUAAUUUAUAAACUGAACGACGUUUUGCGUGUUGAGGACAUGACUAUGAAGACAAUUGUUAAAUCGACUUUAAAGCCAGUGGAAGCUCCGCUAAAAUUUUACUGCAUAGCCGGAACUGGUUCUAUAAUAGUGUGGUGCUGUAUACCGUUUAUGUUGGUCUCUAGAAAAGAAUGUUUCUUUUACGAGGAUUACAGAUUACCAAUGGUUCUUUCGAAGCAACCAUUCUCGACAGAAAUCUUCCUACUGGGAAACUUUCUCGCGUGUGUUGCCAGCACAUAUAUGUUUAUAAAGAAAGUCGCUCUGGAUGUUUAUAUGAUAAAUCUAGUGUUGUUGAUAACAGCGCAAUAUCGUUAUAUUUCGGUAAAGCUUGCGAUGAUACUUCAAAAAGAUUCGUUACAAGAUCACCAUAAUAAAUAUGAAAACAAAAAUUAUUUCUUGAUAGAGAAGGAAAUGAGAUUAUUGUGUCAACAUCACAGAGCUGUAGUUCAGUAA